AUGGCCCUGCGCCCGGCUCUGGCCGUGGCGCUGGCUCUAUCUUUGGCCCUGCUGGGGCCGCUGUCCCCCGGGGCCCAGGCAGGGGACUGCAAGGGGCAGCGGCAAGUGCUGCGGGAGGCGCCAGGCUUCGUGACCGAUGGUGCGGGCAACUACAGCGUCAAUGGCAAUUGCGAGUGGCUCAUCGAGGCCCCAAGCCCCCAGCAUCGGAUCCUGCUGGACUUUCUUUUCCUGGACACGGAAUGCACGUACGACUACCUGUUUGUGUAUGACGGCGACUCUCCCCGAGGGCCCCUGCUUGCCAGUCUGAGUGGCAGCACUCGGCCUCCGCCCAUCGAGGCUUCCUCAGGCAAGAUGCUCCUCCACCUCUUCAGCGAUGCCAACUACAACCUGCUGGGCUUCAAUGCCUCCUUCCGCUUCUCCCUGUGCCCCGGGGGCUGCAGCAGCCACGGGCAGUGCCAGCCCCCUGGCGUGUGCGCCUGCGAGCCCGGCUGGGGGGGCCCUGACUGUAGCCUGCAGGAGUGCCCGGCCUACUGUGGCGGCCAUGGCACCUGCGCUUCGCCCCUGGGACCAUGCCGCUGUGAGCCUGGCUUCCUGGGACGCGCCUGUGACCUGCACCUGUGGGAGAACCAGGGGGCUGGCUGGUGGCACAACGUGAGUGCCGGGGACCCUGCCUUCUCGGCCCGUAUUGGGGCAGCUGGUGCCUUCCUGUCCCCGCCGGGGCUGCUGGCUGUUUUUGGAGGCCAGGACCUCAACAGAGCCCUGGGUGAUCUCGUCCUGUACAACUUCUCUGCCAACACCUGGGAGCGCUGGGACCUGAGUCCUGCCCCGGCUGCCCGUCACUCCCAUGUGGCUGUGGCCUGGGCCGGCUCCCUGGUGCUCAUGGGUGGUGAGCUGGCUGAUGGCUCCCUCACCAGCGAUGUGUGGGCCUUCAGCCCCCUGGGCGGGGGCCACUGGGAGCUGCUCGCACCACCUGGCUCCAGUUCCUCGGGGCCACCAGGCCUGGCAGGUCACGCCGCCGCCCUAGUGGAUGACAUCUGGCUCUACGUGUCUGGCGGCCGCACCCAGCACGACCUCUUCUCCUCUGGCCUCUUCCGCUUCCGUCUCGACAGCACCAGUGGGGGCUACUGGGAGCAGGUGAUUCCAGCAGGCGGGCGGCCUCCUGCCGCCACGGGCCACUCCAUGGUGUUCCAUGCCCCCUCGCGCACCCUGCUGGUUCACGGUGGACACCGGCCCUCCACCGCGCGGUUCUCUGUGCGGGUGAACUCCACAGAGCUCUUCCACGUGGAUCGGCGCGUGUGGACCACGCUGAAGGGCCGGGAUGGGCUCCAGGGCCCACGGGAGAGAGCCUUCCACACAGCCAGCGUCCUGGGCAACUACAUGGUGGUCUAUGGGGGCAACGUGCACACCCAUUACCAGGAGGAGAAAUGCUAUGAAGAUGGCCUCUUCUUCUACCACCUGGGCUGCCAUCAGUGGGUGUCGGGGGCCGAGCUUGCCCCCCCGGGAACCCCUGAGGGCCGAGCAGCACCUCCCAGUGGUCGAUACUCACAUGUGGCGGCUGUGCUUGGUGGCAGUGUCCUGUUGGUGGCUGGGGGGUACAGUGGCCGGCCUCGUGGGGACUUGAUGGCCUACAAGGUGCCUCCCUUUGUGUUCCAGGCGCCUGCUCCGGACUACCACUUAGACUACUGCUCCAUGUACACGGACCACAGCGUCUGCUCCCGAGACCCUGAAUGCAGUUGGUGUCAGGGGGCCUGCCAAGCUGCACCACCUCCUGGAACCCCGUCUGGGGCUUGUCCAGCUGCCAGCUGCCUGGGCCUGGGCCGCCUUCUGGGUGACUGCCAGGCCUGCCUGGCCUUCAGCGGCCCGACAACUCCUCCCCGGGGGCCCGGCGCUCUGGGCUGGUGCGUGCAUAAUGAGAGCUGCCUCCCUCGGCCUGAACAGGCCCGCUGCCGAGGGGAGCAGAUCUCAGGCACCGUGGGCUGGUGGGGGCCUGCGCCUGUCUUCGUCACAUCCCUGGAGGCCUGCGUCACCCAGAGCUUCCUGCCUGGCCUGCACCUGCUCACUUUCCAGCAGCCGCCCAACGCCUCCCAGCCCGACAAGGUCCUGAUUGUCCGCAGUACGACCAUCACUCUGACGCCCAGCCCAGAGACCGACGUGUCCCUGGUCUACCGUGGCUUCAUCCACCCACUGCUGCCAGGAGGGCCCGGGGGGCCGGGGGCUGAGGAUGUAGCUGUGUGGGCCCGGGCCCAGCGUCUACAUGUCUUGGCCCGGAUGGCCCGUGGCCCUGACACAGAGAACAUGGAGGAGGUGGGGCGCUGGGUGGCUCAGCAGGAGAAGGAGACAAGGCGGCUGCAGCGCCCGGGGUCUGCUCGCCUCUUCCCACUGCCUGGCCGGGACCACAAGUAUGCGGUCGAGAUCCGGGGCCAGCUCAAUGGCUCGGCAGGCCCUGGGCACAGUGAACUUACCCUGCUGUGGGACCGGACCGGCGUGCCAGGUGGCAGCGAGAUCUCCUUCUUCUUUCUGGAGCCUUACCGCUCUUCGGCCUGUUCGUCCUACUCCUCCUGCCUGGGCUGCUUGGCGGACCAGGGCUGCGGCUGGUGCCUGACCAGCGCCACCUGCCACCUGCGCCAGAGCGGGGCCCACUGCGGGGACGACAGGACCGGCGGGUCCCUGCUGGUGCUGGUGCCUGCCCUCUGCCCGCUCUGCGAGGAGCAUCGUGACUGUCACGCCUGUACCCAGGUGCCUGCCAAGCCACAGAGGGGAGGUCUCGAGACAAAAGCAGCCAAAUCGGGCGACUGGGAAAGGGGGAGGGCCCCCUGGAGUUGCGUGCACUCAGAGCCCCGGUGCCGGAGCUGCGACCGCUUCCUGACCUGCCACGAGUGUCUGCAGAGCCAUGAGUGCGGCUGGUGCGGCAAUGAGGACAACCCCACACUGGGACGGUGCCUUCAGGGGGACUUCUCGGGGCCUCUGGGUGGGGGUAACUGCUCUCUGUGGGUGGGGGAGGGCCUGGGGCUGUCUGUGGCCCUCCCUGCCCGCUGGGCAUAUGCCCGCUGUCCAGACGUGGACGAGUGUCGCCUGGGCCUGGCGCGGUGCCACCUGCGGGCGACCUGCCUGAACACACCCCUCAGCUACGAGUGUCACUGCCAGCGGGGCUACCAGGGCGAUGGCAUCACAUACUGCAACCGCACGUGCUUGGAAGACUGUGGCCACGGUGUGUGCAGCGGCCCCCCUGACUUCACCUGCGUGUGUGACCUGGGCUGGACGUCAGACCUGCCCCCGCCCACGCCUGCCCCGGGACCCCCCGCGCCCCGCUGCUCCCGGGACUGCGGCUGCAACUUCCACAGCCACUGCCGCCGGCGGGGGCCUGGCUUCUGUGAUGAGUGCCAGGACUGGACGUGGGGGGAGCACUGCGAACGGUGCCGGCCCGGCAGCUUUGGCAACGCCACGGGCUCGGGCGGCUGCCGGCCCUGCCAGUGCAACGGGCAUGGGGACCCGCGCCGCGGCCACUGUGACAACCUCAGCGGGCUCUGCUUCUGUCAGGACCACACCGAAGGUGCCCACUGCCAGCUCUGCUCCCCCGGCUACUAUGGGGACCCUCGGGCUGGUGGCUCCUGUUUCCGGGAGUGUGGGGGGCGUGCCCUCCUUACCAACGUGUCCUCAGUGGCGCUGGGCUCACGCCGGGUUGGGGGGCUGCUGCCUCCAGGCGGUGGGGCAGCAAGAGCUGGGCCAGGCCUGUCCUAUUGCGUGUGGGUUGUCUCAGCCACCGAGGUGCUGCAGCCCUGUGCCCCUGGGACCCUCUGUCCCCCCCUCACCCUCACCUUCUCCCCCGACAGCAGCACCCCCUGCACGCUGAGCUAUGUCCUGGCCUUUGAUGGAUUCCCGCGCUUCCUGGACACUGGUGUCGUCCAGUCGGACCGUAGCCUCAUUGCUGCCUUCUGUGGCCAGCGGCGGGACAGGCCUCUCACUGUGCAGGCCCUGUCUGGUAUGCCGCGCCCCCGGCUUUUCCAUGCCGCAGCCCUGCUAGGGGACACCAUGGUGGUCCUUGGGGGGCGCUCGGACCCUGAUGAGUUCAGCAGUGACGUUCUACUCUACCAGGUCAACUGCAACGCCUGGCUCCUGCCCGACCUCACCCGUAAGUCCAGUGCUCUCCCUGGGAGGCCCGGGGACAUCCUGGAGGGGCUGGGCUGUGGGGGCCCCCCAUGUUCCCCAAUGCCUCACUCUCCGGAGGAAUGUCGACGUCUCCGGACCUGCAGUGAGUGCCUGGCCCGCCACCCCCGGACCCUGCAGCCUGGAGAUGGAGAGGCAUCUGCCCCCCGCUGUAAGUGGUGUACCAACUGCCCCGAGGGCGCCUGCAUCGGGCGGAAUGGGUCCUGCACCUCAGAGAAUGACUGUCGGAUCAACCAGCGAGAGGUCUUCUGGGCCGGGAACUGCUCAGAGGCUGUAUGUGGGGCCGCCGACUGUGAGCAGUGCACCCGGGAGGGCAAGUGCAUGUGGACGAGGCAGUUCAAGAGGACAGGGGAGACCCGCCGCAUCCUCUCGGUGCAGCCCACCUAUGACUGGACCUGCUUCAGCCACUCUCUGCUGAAUGUGUCCCCAAUGCCGGUGGAGUCAUCGCCCCCCCUACCCUGCCCCACUCCCUGUCACCUCCUGCCCAACUGCACCUCCUGCCUGGACUCCAAAGGUGCGGAUGGGGGCUGGCAGCACUGUGUCUGGAGCAGCAGCCUCCAACAGUGUCUGAGCCCCUCCUACCUGCCCCUGCGAUGUAUGGCCGGAGGCUGUGGGCGGCUGCUCCGGGGACCCGAGAGCUGCUCCCUGGGCUGUGCUCAGGCGACCCAGUGCGCCCUGUGCCUGCGGCGCCCCCACUGUGGCUGGUGUGCCUGGGGGGGCCAAGAUGGGGGUGGCCGCUGCCUGGAGGGUGGACUCAGCGGUCCCCGUGACGGGCUGACAUGCGGGCGACCUGGGGCCUCCUGGGCCUUCCUGUCCUGUCCCCCUGAAGACGAGUGUGCAAACGGACAUCACGACUGCAAUGAGACACAGAACUGCCACGACCGGCCACACGGUUACGAGUGCAGCUGCAAGGCGGGCUACACCAUGGACAACAUGACUGGGCUGUGCCGCCCGGUGUGCGCCCAGGGCUGCGUGAAUGGCUCAUGUGUGGAGCCCGACCACUGCCGCUGCCACUUCGGCUUUGUUGGCCGCAACUGCUCCACAGAGUGUCGCUGCAACCGCCACAGCGAAUGCGCGGGUGUGGGCGCCCGUGACCAUUGCCUGCUGUGCCGCAACCACACCAAGGGCAGCCACUGCGAGCAGUGCCUCCCUCUGUUCGUGGGCUCGGCUGUGGGGGGCGGGACCUGCCGGCCCUGCCACGCCUUCUGUCGUGGCAAUAGCCACGUCUGCGUCUCCAGGAAGGAGCUUGAAAUGGCCAGGAGGGAACCAGAGAAGUACUCGCUGGAUCCAGAGGAGAUUGAAAACUGGGUGACAGAGGGGCCUAGUGAAGACGAGGCUGUGUGUGUGAACUGCCAGAAUAACAGUUAUGGGGACAAAUGCGAGAGCUGCCUGCACGGCUACUUCCUCCUGGAUGGGAAGUGUACCAAAUGCCAGUGCAACGGCCAUGCAGAUACAUGUAACGAGCAGGACGGGACGGGCUGCCCGUGUCAGAACAAUACAGAGACGGGCACGUGCCAGGGUAGUUCGCCCAGUGACCGCCGAGACUGCUACAAGUACCAGUGCGCCAAGUGCCGGGAGUCCUUCCACGGGAGCCCGCUGGGCGGCCAGCAGUGUUACCGCCUCAUUUCCGUGGAGCAGGAGUGCUGCCUGGACCCCACGUCCCAGACCAACUGCUUCCACGAACCCAAGCGCCGGGCUCUGGGCCCCGGCCGCACUGUCCUCUUUGGCGUGCAGCCCAAGUUUACCAACGUGGACAUCCGCCUGACGCUGGAUGUGACCUUCGGUGCUGUGGACCUCUAUGUCUCCACCUCCUACGACACCUUCGUGGUCCGUGUGGCCCCUGACACGGGCGUCCACACCGUGCAUAUCCAGCCACCUCCACCCCCACCGCCUCCCCCACCCCCUGCUGACGGCGGACCCCGGGGGGCCGGGGAUCCAGGAGGACCCGGGGCCGGGAGCGGGCCAGGUGCCCCGGCGGAGCCCAGGGUGCGGGAGGUGUGGCCACGGGGCCUGAUCACCUACGUGACUGUGACAGAGCCGUCGGCCGUGCUCGUGGUUCGUGGUGUGCGGGACCGGCUGGUCAUCACCUACCCGCACGAGCACCAUGCCCUCAAGUCCAGCCGCUUUUACCUACUCCUGCUGGGCGUGGGGGACCCGAGCGGGCCCGGCGCCAAUGGUUCAGCUGACUCGCAGGGCCUGCUCUUCUUCCGGCAGGACCAGGCCCACAUCGACCUAUUUGUCUUCUUCUCCGUCUUCUUCUCCUGCUUCUUUCUCUUCCUCUCACUCUGCGUGCUCCUCUGGAAGGCCAAGCAGGCCCUGGACCAGCGGCAGGAACAGCGCCGGCAUCUGCAAGAGAUGACCAAGAUGGCCAGCCGCCCCUUUGCCAAGGUCACCGUCUGCUUCCCGCCUGACCCUGCCGCCCCGGCCCCUGCCUGGAAGCCGGCUGGGCUCCCACCGCCCACCUUCCGCCGUUCGGAACCCUUCUUGGCACCCCUGCUGCUGACGGGGGCCGGGGGGCCCUGGGGACCUGUGGGAGGAGGCUGCUGCCCGCCCGCCGUCCCGGCCACCACUGCCGGCUUGCGAGCCGGGCCCAUCACCCUUGAACCCACUGAAGAUGGCAUGGCCGGUGUGGCCACUCUGCUGCUCCAGCUGCCCGGAGGACCCCAAGCACCCAACGGCGCCUGCCUAGGGUCGGCCCUCGUCACGCUGCGGCACAGGCUGCACGAAUACUGUGGGGGUGGUGGGGGUGCUGGGGGCAGUGGGCACGGGGCUGGUGCAGGCCGGAAGGGACUGUUGAGCCAGGACAAUCUCACCAGCAUGUCCCUCUGA